UUCACCGCUGACCACUUCCAUUUCUAAGGAAGUAAAUAGCUAGAGGUCACUUGGAAUUGUGGUGAAAUCGAAAAAGAUGAAACUUUUUUCAAUUUUGCUGCUAUUUCUAGCUGUUUUCAUUUUAAAUGCAUGCGGCGAAGAAAAAGUUGCAGAGGAAGAGCCGCUGGGGAAACCCAAAGCCGCAGAGGAAUCUAGUGAAUCGGCUCCGCCGCCGGUUGAAGACGAGAAUAAAUACAAGUUAGGGUCACUUUGCAACUACUGUAGCUAUUGCAAGUUAUGUAAACUGUGUGACAAGGAUUGCCCAUGCAAGACCAGUAGAAAAAAGCCAAAUUGUGAUUUAUGCAAAUAUUGCAAGUACUGCUCCCUGUGCUCUGUCUGUGAUGUUGCCUGCAAACCAGGUGGUAUUGUAGAUGUUGUUAGCUCUGCAAUAUACAGUUCUUUGCCAUCUUUUUCCAAGAAAGAGAAAGAGGAAGUGGACAAGGAUAUAGAAAAAGCCAGAGACUUCAUCAAAGAAUACCUGUGAAGAUGGGAUUGUGUGCUUCAUUUUUGAACUUGUACUUUUGUAAUUAUUUUUAUUCAUUUUCAUGCCUUCUUCCUUUUUUUGAAAAACAACCUUCUUUGCAGACAAGCUUUUAAAAGUUUAUAAAAGGCUUAUAAAAGAGUUUUCUUGAAAGUUGUUAUUCUUGACAAAUUACUUUUCCAUUGUUUGCUACUGUAAUACCCUUCUCCUGUACUGUACUUGAUCUUUUGACAAAAAAUGUUUCUAAAUACACACACUUGACCCAAAGACAUUUUUUUUACUAUGUCAAUAUGAAUAUCAAAGAAUAGACUAUUUACAGACAAUAAUAUUUACAAUUUUCAUUUUGUCUAUUUGACAAUAUCAAAUGAUGCAAAAGUCAAGCUUGUGAUUUUGUUUUCAUUCUUGAACUCACAUCUGUCGAUACGAGAGCGUUUGCUUCCAGUGUGCUUUAGCCAUUGUUUCCUAGGAAAGAGCAUCUGAUUAGACAUUUUGUAUUUACAAUAUAAGACACAAUCUGACCUCUUUGGGCAUAUUUUUUUCAGGAACUUGGUGAAUUUGUGCAAUUUACUAUCAAUUGUAUUCUCUAAUAAAAAUAUAGCCAUGGUGCGAA